UCAUAUGAAAUCAGCCGGUUGCAGUUGUUCUUCAAGAUUGGACAUACGAUCGAAUUUCUCCAAGCAGAACUCCUCAAUAAUGUAGUAGCCGAGUUGGACGAGUAUCGAUCCGCUGUAUGA